CUCUAUCUGGUGGGAAUCCCCCACCUGAACCGGUGUACGCGAUCGUCACGACUCCACGAGGCACCCGCGACGACGCAGCCACCGCCGCCGGCCGCGAUCCACACAGAUCCGACCCCACCCAAACGCGUCCAGAUUCCAGCAGCGCAGCCACCCCCACCCAGCCCAGCCGAUCCAGCCGUCGUUGCCGGCCUCGGUAAGCAAAGGAUCUCAUCAAUCCUCACGAUUCCCGCAACCCUAGAGCAUCCCCUUCCCCUUCCCUCGCCUCCAAAUUCGCGAUUCCUUCCCCCACGAGGCCGAAUCCCUAGGGCCGCCAUGGAUCCGCCUCCCCCGUUCGACCACCCGCUCCACCGCCGCCACUACUCCGACCACCACCACUUCCCCCCCGGCGGAAGCGGAGGCAGCGGCGGCGCUGCUUCUGCGGCUGCGCGCUCCAGGUACGAGUACGGCGGCGGCGGCUACGAGUCCCACUCUCACCACCAGUACCACCUCCCUGACCACCACCACCACCACCACCACCACCACCCCCCACCGCGCGUCCAGCACCAUCACCACCACCACCACCAGCAGCUGCCCGCGCCAACGCCGCCCCCGCCGCCGCCGCCUCCCCUGCCGCAGCACCGCCUCGAGCCCCCUCCUCCUCACUACGGCUUCCCUCCCCGCGGCCAUCCCGACGCCUACUCGCCGCCGCCGUACCACGACCCGUCCCCGCACCACCACUACCAUCGCCACGGGGGCGACGACUUCCUCCCCGCCGACGAGAUCCGCCGCGUCGGUGGUGGUCACCACCACCACCAUCACCAUCCGCAGCUGCAACAGCUUCUCCCGUGGGAGGAGGCUGAGGAAGAGAGGCGCCGCUACGGCGGCGCCACCCAGCAGCUCCGACUAUCGCCGUCUGGUCCUCGGAAAAGGCAGCGCUGCGCUGUGCACGACGCCGACGUUGAGAGCACCUCCAGUUCUGGCCCGCCUCCCCGCCGCCAGAGGCAGCAACCCCACCCGGACUAUGCUCUGGAUGAUAGUUUUGUAGAUAGGAACAAUGCCCAUCCUGGUUACAUGGUCCAUGAGGGCUUCUCAAUCCACAGUGAUAGCAAGGUUAGCAGGAAGAUCCAGAUGCCUACGCAGAUGGCACUGCCUGGCUCUCCCCAUGGCACGAGUGCUGGGUAUGCGAGGCGAGCCCCACAGAAGGUUGCCCCUUCUAGAGUGUCUGUGUGGCACCGAAUCGAGGAGAACCCUGCAAUGUAUGAACCGUCUUCUCCGCCGCCGCAUAUGCCUAAGGAGGUGCACGUCUCGCCGUGCAAGUCGAACAAUGUUGCUCCUGCUUCGAAGGAGUUGGCCAGUGUGAUUUCUGUGGAUUGUAGAGGGAAGAGUGCUGAUGGUAAUGAUGGUGAUAGUAAUACAGGAACAAAGAAGAAUCCUGUCAAGAAGAAUGAAAAGGUGUUGGCUUCAGUGCUUGUGAAGCCUCCAAUGGAGCCCAAGGAAAAGGAAGUGGCUGCUAAGAAGAUGCUCAAGAAACCUGAUAAGGUUCAGAAGAAUGCAGUGCAUUCCAAUAUUAGAAGUUUGGUCUCAACUCCCUGCCCUGGUGCUGGUGCGAAGAAAGUGAAGAAGAUAGUUAUAAAAAAGAUUGUUAGGAAGAUCAAUGGGAAAGGUAAUCAAAACAGUACCCCGGUUGUCUCAGAAAAGAGAGAUGGUAUUGAUGCUAAUGCUUGUGAGAAAGAAGAGGGUGAGAUCACUACAUCAUCUUUUGAGAAGGAUGUUAUUUCUGCACAUGAUCCGAUCGCCGUUAGUGACACAGCUGGUUUUGGUAAUGCUGUAAAUGAUCAGAAGCAAAAAAACACCGACUUCACAAAUCCAAGUGGAAGGAAUGCUGCUUCAGCCAAUGGAUCUAUGGAAAUUCCCGAUCCACCAAAUGGUAGUGGGAGUGCACAUCCUGGAAAGGAAGAGGUUCUAAGCCCAAAGAAUCCAGUUGAUAAUAGCAAUGCUUCUUUAGUCGUUGAACCUAUAGAAGUGCUUGAGAAAAGUGGGACUGAGCAUCCUAGGAAGGAGCAUGAUAUGAGCUCUAUUGGUUCAGGUGUAAAUGAUGCUUUUGCAGAUGCGAACAAUCAUACUCAGAAGGAGGUUGGUGAAAUGAAUGUCGCAGUUGCAAUCAAUUCUGUGAGAGUUUCUGAUGCACGGGAAGUUCCUAGGUGUGAUGAUUCCAGCAUGGAAGAGAGCAAAGUACCUAAGGAUGUGGAUGCAAACAUUGCUGUUUGCAUGGAUGGAGUUGCUUCUAAUUGUGAUACAACAGAAGUCUGUGGAAAUGAAGAUGCAAGGAGGGAAUGUGGAAAAAAAUUGAUUGGCAUAAAUGACGAGAAAGCUUUCCUUUUAAACAAUUCUGCCAGAAGUUCUAGUACAUCUGAUACUUGCAUGACUGCUGUAGAGGGUGCUCAGAAAAAAGAGGGUAUAAUUCUCACUGGUUCAAGUGAAAAGAGCAUCGGCUUUUUAGGUGAUUCUGUGGGAACUCAUAGGACAACAGAAUUUGGUGCCAGUAAGGAUGCCCCCAACGAAGGAGAUGACAUGCCAAGCCAUCCUAGUGAAAAGGAUUUUAUGUCAUUGAACUCUUGUGGAGGUCUUAAUUACACAGAAGUUAGUGAAAAGGAGGAUAUCCAGGAGAAAGAGGACAGAGUACCCAUGGAAUCAAUUGUAGCUUGUACUUCUAGUGGAAAUGAGGACAUACAAGUGAAUGAGGGCAGAAAACCCAUGGAGUUAAGUGAAGCUAAUGCUUUUAGUGGAAGCGGGGAUAGCCAAGGUAAAGAGUGUAGAAUACCCAUGGGUUCAAGUGAAACAAAUACAUCUUCCGUGAAUCAUGUGAAUGCUUCUAAUGAAAAGGAUUUCAGCUUGAGUGAGGACACCCAGAAGAAAGAGAGCCACAGGCCCAUAGAAUCAUGUGAAAAUACUACUUUUGAAAUUAUGCACCAUGAAGAAGCUCCUAGUACAGAAGAGGUUAUUACAGGUGUGUCACUUGGGAGAAAGGUGGCCGAAGGCCCAACGAGGUCAAAUGAAAGAUGUUCAGGUGCUAGAGGUAAUUCUGCAACUACUUUAAAGUUUGGUUUAGCUUGUGCAACUGAGGAUAAUCAGAUGGAAGAUUUGCUCAACAAUAGAACUGCUUUAAAUGAAACAGAUGAUCCUCUUGAUGCUGAGGAUUCCCCUGUGUUUGUUCCUCCAUCUUCCAGAAAUGUAGAAAGUACAUAUGCAUCGCCAUUAUAUGAUCCUAUGGAGGAUUCUACCAGUGAUGGUAUUUUGAAUAUUGGUUUGGGAAGGAACACUACAUCUAAGGCAGCAGAACUUUUGGAUCUUCAUAGAGACCAUAUUUCUUCUGAGAAUGAUUCUUUGAUACAUUCCCGGGGCACUUCAUCUGUAUCUGGUAACCGUGAGCAGUCUGUCCCUACAGCUUUGACACUUGGUAGCAAUAUCUAUUUUAGUAGUGCGGAAACUGAUGAUCGGCCUGAGGAAAGACAUGAGCUAGUAGUGGAAGGUCAGCAAGGAUUAACUGUUGAGACAACAAGCAAACUUGAUAGCCCUGGCAAAAUAGAAGUCCUGAAUGGUGCGGGCUUCAUCAGUACAGGUAUUCAAAAUUGGCUGAGUUUACCUCCAUCAAUCAACAGCAUGGAGAUGUCUGGGCAAUUUCUGAAUAAUGGUUUUACUGUUAGUAAGGGUAGGCUAGGUUUAGACCAGAGUAUGGAUGAUGCUACUUCAGUGAGUCAGGAUCAUGAUAUUGCACAAGAUAUGGACCAGCGUGGAAGUGAGGAUGCUUUCUUUAGUCAGGAUCACAGCAUUAGGUUAUGUGGUAGCAAUUUGCCUCAUUCACAUUUGUUGGCACCCAAAGAGAGCAGCAUGAAUGGUGAGGAUCAGAGUGGCAUUGUUCUCACAGGUUUGCACCCUAGUAGUUCAGUAAAUGUUUUAGGUCACUAUGGUUACCAAACAGAUGAUAUUCCUGUGGAUAACCUGAAUAAGCUUCCCUCAGCUUUAGAAUCUUCUGAUGCUAUGGAUGCAGAUCAAGUUUCUUCUCAGGUAUGCGUUAAUCCAGAUCACACCAAUGACAGUAAUACUGAGAAUGCUGGGGUUGAGUCAAAUGCAAAGCAGGAUCUGUUGUCUUCUUGGAUUGAAGCCAUUGUAUCAGAGGCUAAAAAGGAACACCCACCAUGCAAGUCCACUCCGCUCACUGUUGGCUUGCCAGAUAAGUUAUUAGAACCAAAGGACAGCGACAGGAAAACAUUACUGGAAACAGUGGUGCCUUCUGCAGUAAAAUCUCCUCAGAUAAAUUUUGCAAGCUCAACACUCCAAAAGGUAGCUCCUAAACAAGUAACAUUGCCUAGUUCAUCCCGAGAACCCACUCGAGCAAAUCAAAAUGCAAGGCACAGGACUUGGCAUCGUGGCAACAUAGCAUCUUCUAGUUCAUCUUUGCAUGCUUCACAGCCUUUAGGAUUACCCCCAAAAUUACCACCCAAGAAGAAUGACAAAGCUCAAAACUCUUAUAUACGGAAAGGUAAUGCUCUUAUUAGAAAUCCAUCAAAUGGUAAUCAUCCUCAUUCUUCUACAGGUCACGAUACUCAAAAUAAGUUGAAUAAACCUGUGGUAAGGAGAAGCAUGAACUUUGUAAGGAAAGCUGAUACGAAAGACUUAGCAAAUUCUAACAUCUCAGUUGAAAGACCCAAGACCCCUCCUUUACCACUUCACACAAAAUCCAGCUGCCCUACAACCCUUUUGGAGCCAUUGUCUCAAACUUUGCAGAAACAGCAUGGUCAUGAAGCUGAAAAGGAGGAUCUCACUGGGCAGCCAAAGUCAGGCGUUGAUAACUCAAGCAUCAAAAGUGCACAAAAAUCUGAACCCUCGGAUCCUAGUAAAGUGGUUUAUGUUAGGCCCAAAUCAAACCAACUGGUUGCUGCACAGAGGCAACACCCUAUUGAUUUAGUCAACAGUCCCACAGAUAAGAUUCUGUCUCUGCAGGCACCCAUAGCAUAUGAUCUCUAUUUAAAGAAAAGGAAAAAUCAAAUUGUUUUGAGUUCCUGCUCCCCUUCUGAUGGUCUGAGUACCAAAGAAACGUUACCUGCUGAGAAUUCAAAUUCAGAAGAGAAGAAAGAUCUAAUGAUUGCAUGCUCUAUCAGUGGUAUCCCUGGGGUAAAGGACAGACCACAAAAAGCUCUUCAGACAACAAAUAAUGUGGGGCGUUUCUCUCAUGUGUGGACACUCAAUGGGCAACAGCCACAGAGGAAAGGUUUUAUGGGCAGUAGUCAUAUGAAUGCCUUCCCACGUAUACUUCCAUGGAAAAGAAAAAUAUUCUGCAAGAAUUUUAGAAGCAGUCACAUGUCGAAUGUGAGCUCCAUACGAAUUGUCAGAAAAUUGCUGCAAACAAGGAAGAGAGAUAUGAUUUAUACUGUCUCAACUGAUGGGUUCUCUCUACGGAAAUCUGGUGUGUUAAGUGUUGGUGGAUCAAGUUUGAAAUGGUCAAGAUCCCUUGAGAAGCGUUCUCAAAAGGUCAACAAGGAAGCUACAUUGGCACUCGCUGAAGUUGAAAGAAGGAAAAGGGAGAAACGGAAGCGGCAGUCUCUCCAUGAUAAGGGAGGUAAUGAUCAUCAAUUUGAAUCUGUCACUGGCAAUCAAUUAAGAAACAGCCGCCAAUCGUCUUCCGAUUUGAGAAAGCCAUCGACUUGCAAUGAAUAUGUGCGCGUUAGCAAAGGUAACCAACUGGUUAGAAAUCCGAAGAAUGUAAUCCGCAUGCUAGCAAGUGACAAAGUUCGAUGGAGUUUGCACACUGUGAGAUCACGCCUAGCAAAGAAACAACAGUACUGCCAAUUCUUCACUCGGUUUGGCGAGUGCAAAAAACCCAGGGGCAAAUGCCCUUAUAUUCAUGACCGAGCUAAAGUGACUAUAUGUACUAAAUUUCUUAAAGGAUUGUGUUCUAAUACUAGUUGCAAACUGACUCACAAGGUCCUUCCAGAAAGAAUGCCAGAUUGUUCUUAUUUUCUGAGAGGACUCUGUACCAACAUAGCCUGCCCCUAUAGGCAUGUGAAAGUGAACUUGAAUGCUCCUGUUUGUGAAGACUUCUUAAAAGGAUAUUGUGCAUAUGGUGACGAGUGUCAUAAAAAGCACAGCUAUGUAUGUCCUGUCUUCGAGGCAACUGGAGAGUGCCCACAAGGAUCUAGAUGCAAACUUCAUCACCCUAAGAGCAAAGUCAAAUCCAAGAGCAGAAGACCAGAUUUCUUGCAAAACAGUAGUUGGGGCCGGUAUUUUGAUGCCAGCAUUGACCAUCAAGAUGAGACAAGGAAAGUUUCUUUAGACGAAGACGAGAGAGAGAAACCUCAACGUGUUUUCACUGAUGGGGAUUUGGGCUUUAUCAGCUUGGAUGAUGAUGCGGAUGAAGAUGUUACAGCUUUAGAUGCGUCAGAUGAUAUACCGCUGAUGGAAUUGGACUCGGGGGAUUUAAGUGUGCAGACUGAUAAUCUUGAUGCACUAAUCAAGCCACUUCGGAUCAUGAGAACAGCAAGAGUUUGAUAGCUAAUGCAGUUAGAGGGGAUAUCAGAUUUUCAACGCGAAGACUUACCAUCUCAACGAACUAAUCUAGCCGCUUUGGAUCAUGGUGACAGCAGGAGUUUGACAGGUUCUUUGAUUGACCGAGACAGACCAAACUUGAUACAACAGGAUAGGUGCAGUGUUCGAGACAACCGUAUAUAUAUAGGGAAGGAAAACAAGUUUCGUUUUCUUCAUUGUUUUUCUACCCUUAUUCGGAAGUUCCAUUUUUGUUUGUCAUGUACAUAUAGUUAUUUUUCUUAUGUUUUAGGUUACCUAUAUUACAUGCCAACAUCACACAGAGUUAAGUGUAACGAACAAUCAUUUACAUUGCAGAAGAAAGAAAUGGCAAUUUAUUUAGAAUUGCAUUGUGCAA